CGGGGACACCGGGCCCAGCCGGUUCCCCCGGGCCCCGCCGGCUCCCCGCGGCGCCUGUCCCCAUAUAAAGCGGGGGCCACCGGGUGCCACCGGGUGCCACCAUGGAGGGGAACGCGGUGCCGCGGCUGGCCGAGGCCGAGCGGGAGAGCCUGCUGGGCGCCGUGCACGGCGUCUCGGGGCCCGUGGUGACGGCCACCCGCAUGGCGGGGGCGGCCAUGUACGAGCUGGUGCGCGUGGGGCACGCGGAGCUGGUGGGGGAGAUCAUCCGGCUGGAGGGGGACAUGGCCACCCUGCAGGUGUACGAGGAGACCUGUAUCCUUGCGGCGCUGUCCCUGUCCCCUUCCCUGUCCCCUGUCCCCCACCCUUCCCUCUCCUCCCCAUCCUCCUGUCCUCCCGCCCUGUCUUGUCCCCCCCCCAUCCCCUUCCCC